UAGUGUUAACUUUAUCGUAUCUGUUUACCUUUACUAUAAUAUAAAAAUAUAAAAUAUAGUAUAGUAAGUAUAAAUAGCGAUUAUUAUGUUAUCAUAAUAUUUAUAUUCACAUAAAUCACAUAUUCGAAUUGAAAAUAGAAUUGAAACGAGAUGGCUUUGGAUGAUAUUAUGUAAAAAAGACAAUGUCUAUUUAUUAAUUGCUUUUAAUAUAUAUUUGAGAAUCUUUUCAUUGAAUAUAUUAAUAUAGUCGAAAUGGAUGAUGUUCAUUCAUUAAUAAUUAAUAUACCUAUAUCAAAAGUAUUUACAAAAGAAUCUAAUGAUUCUAUAAAAAAGUUACAAACUAAGAAAAUAUCAAAACGAAAUAUUGGGAAUAAUAUGCAGAAAACUUUAGAAAUUUCGCUAGGGAAGUAUUAUAUGCUUGGUAAUAAUCCGCUGCAAGUAAAUGAUUUAAAACGAGAAGAACUUCUAUUGGCAUACAGGUCAUAUAUGAAAAAACAAGAAAACGAAAAACAUAAACAAAGAUUGGGUAUUGAUGUACACAAAAAAUAUAAAAUUGUUAGUGCAGACAUGAAGAAACGUUUAUACGUAGAAACACCUUGUGAUCAUAUUUACGCAAUAACUGACAUAGACAAAGGUUUUUUUACUAAUGCAAAUGGACGUGCUUUAUCAGAUCAUGUACCACUUUUUAAAUCUUUGAAAUCAUCAUUAAGUAGCCGGCUGAGAUUGAGACAAGCGAUUGGUUACAGAAAUGAUGGUAUUCUUAAUAUAGAAGCCAAUUACAAAAAAGAAUCGGCAAAAUACGAGCAAAGUUUUCAAAGAUAUGUUGAACAAGUGAAAUAUUUUGAUAUUUUUAUAUUUGAGGACUAUCAUAAGUCAGUGGCGCUUCUUCAACAAUGGGAUGAAUUGAAAGUAAAAGUAAACAUUAAAAUAUCUGAAUUACAAAAUUUUGCUGCUCAGCAGUUUCCUAUAAUAUCUACAUUGAUGGGAUUAGAUUAUAUGUAUAAAAUACAACAAAAGUAUGGUAGAUUUUUGUAUUAUUUGUCUCCUCCAAGUUGGCGAAUAAAAAAUAGAGAAUUUGCUCAUUCUGUAGAAAUAAAAGCGAAAGGUUUUGAUCUGGCUGGAAGCGAAGAAGAAACAUUCACUAUAGUAUUUGAAAAUAUGCAAAGAGAAUGCUACGGUAAUCUUAUUAAGCCAGCACUAUAUUUUACACAUCCACGUGAUUUACUUGAUAUAUUUGAUGGUUUAGAAAAACAACAGUUACACCAUUUCACUUAUGUCACACAUCUCGCACCGCUUAAAAAAAUAUUGAAUGAAGAAAUAAAAACAUUGAAGGAGUUUAUUGCACAAGACAGUGCUUUACUUAUAAACACUAUUAAAACAUUUGAAAUUCUUUUAAAAUUUAGCGAAGAAAGAUGUGCUCAAUUAAAAAAUAGAUUUUAUAAAGUUCUUUAUGGAUUAUUCUUCGAAAGUGUCAGUGCACCAGAAGUUUUAAAACUGUUUUUGCAUUUGGAAUUCAGUUAUGAAAAAGUAAUAUGUGAGAAACAAAUAAAUUUAGAUAUAAUGACAAUGGCAAAAGGUUUGGAAACUAUGUAUAUGGAUUACUCAAAAGCUUUAGAUGAAAUACAUAGCGAUACAGUAAACCGCGCUGUGAAACGGUGUAUGGAGAGAGAACAAAAGAAGAUUAGGAGAGCAAAGGUGGCUUCUAGGGAAUUACGUGUUUUUGAUAGAUUGGAGAGAAAUUUGCUGCGCGCGCAUGCACCUUUCGUAGAGAGAGACUGGAGUAAGGUAUUUAUUAAAAAAACAAUGAUUACAAAAAAACUAAAACAACAGUAUUGUAAACCUAAUAAUGAAAAAAAUAUUCGGAGAAGUCUCAAUGAAUCCGAGUUGGAAUAUCUUAAUUUAUUUACAGAAUGGACUCAGAAUGAGGAUCCUGCAAAGUAUUUGCAUUUUGAUGAAAACAGAAUGUCAAAGUAAUGUUAUAUUAUAUUUGUUAAAACGCUAUUAAUAAAACUCAAGCAGUUAUUGAAAACAGACUUUAUUUACGGGGAAUCAAUAUGAAAAACGUCUAUUUAAGUAUUUUCAUAAAACACAAUACAGUAUUAAUAUGCCAUAAAGUUAAUUUUAUAAACAAACAUAUUUCGUAACAAAAUGUACAUAUAGGUACUACGGAUAAGAUGUUUGGUUUCAUGGUAUAGAUGAUUAUCUACCUGAAAUUUACAUAUUUACAAGGCGAGUAACACAAACUCUGGUAAAAGCUUCAUAUUAGGUAAUUCAGUACAUUAGGGUUUACUAAGUUGUAUCUCUAUGUGUAAAUAAAUAAUACCUAUUUAAUAAAA